AUGGACAAAGAGCCGAAUACAGGUGCGGGCGGAAAUAUUGCGAUGGAGGAAAAAAGGCUGAGGCUUUACAAGCGUAAAGUUCAGUCUCUGCAUGAUCGGCUGCAGCGUCUUGGCCAGUCAUUCUCGGGGAAUAAAAUCGACAAUUUAAGUGCGGCUGAUAUAGAUGUGCGCCUCGAUAUGUUGGCUGAAAUGCGUGAGGAGUUCAACAAGUCCCAUAAUGAGUUGGAAUCACUGGAUGAAGACGAGAUUGGAAGUGAGCUGCGUGAAACGUUCGAUACGCUCUUCAUUUCUUUGAAAGCCGAGCUGCUGGCGGCUCUCGAACUAGGACAUUUGCGCGUAGCUGCUCAUUCCACUAGCAUGCCAAAUAGCUCUGGAGGUCACACCAUCAUCAUGGCUCACAAGCAGCGGCUUCCUGAGCUGAAGCUACCUAGCUUCUCCGGUGGCUAUGUGGAAUAUGCGGAUUUUAUUGCCAUGUUCAAUUCGGUCAUCGAAGGGGAUGCAGAUCUCAGUGAAAUCGAGAAGUUCCAACAUCUUCGCUCAUGUCUCUCAGAUGCGGCCCUGGAUUCGGUUCGAUCGUUGGAGCUCUCCAGUGCCAAUUAUCGUGUGGCUCUGGACAUACUUAGCAGACGUUUUAAUAAUAAACGACUUGUUUUCCAGGCACACAUCAAGGAGAUUCUUGGGCUCAAGAAGGUAGAUUCGCAUUCUGCUAAAAGGCUUCGGGAGUUUUCGGACGCAGUCAACUUGCAUACGCGCGCCCUGCAGUCAUUAGGAAGUGCUGAGGAGAUAUCUGGAUGCAUGAUAAUCCACAUGCUGCUGCAAAAGCUAGAUGAGAAGACCCAAACCAAAUGGGAAGAGACUGCGUCAUCGGAAAGGAUACCCACAGCUGGGGAAUUCUACGAUUUCCUGGAGAAGCGAUGCCAGAAGAUGGAGAACGUGCAAUACGCCAUAGCGACACACUCUGGUAGCGCUCAGCGCAAAGCUCCCCAGCUGGUUCUCCUCCAGAACGAGCAUUACAACCAGGAGCUAUUACGCCGGUUCAGGAUUCUGCCAGCAGUGUGCCGUCUCAUGCGUCUACCUCUCUUGCUGCCCUAG